CGUCAGAGGUGAAGCGGAAAAUAUCAAAUUGGAGCGGUUGAUCAAGAUUCACCUGAAACAGAUAAUUAACGACAGAAACAUGAAAAGACAACCUUUGUAAGGUACGGCGUGAGAACAUGGUGGCAGGAGAUGACCUCCCAGGACCCAGACAGUAUAACAGUAACUGUGGAUGGCUGCAGAAUGGAGAUAGCCUUGGUGAGUUUUGAGAACGGCGGCGCCAAAGGGAGCGGCGGUGGAGGAGGCAAUAAUGCCGAGGAGAGCUGCCGGAACGCACUGGACGUCCCUCAGUCGGGCUUCGUUCAAAGUGGACUCGGAGAGGAUUUCGGGAAAGAGCUGAACACCCGGGGGAGUACUCCGCUCCCACAGCAGAAUCUCCAUCAGAGCCCGUGGAAAAUCAACGACAUGAACAACACUUUCAGCUGCAGCGAGAACGCCAUGGAUGCGCUUUUACGCGCGGACCACAGUCCUCAUCUGUUCGAUGAGGACCUGCUGGACAUGGACAUGGACGCUGAAAGCAACGAGAGGGUGCUCAUCAACAUAGCCGGGCUUAGGUAUGAGACACAGCUGGGCACUCUGAACCAGUUCCCGGACACUUUGCUUGGAGACCCUGCAAAGAGGAUAAAAUACUUCGACCCGCUCCGGAACGAGUACUUCUUCGACCGAAACAGACCGAGUUUUGAUGGGAUUCUGUAUUUUUAUCAGUCUGGGGGGAAGAUCCGGAGACCAGUUAAUGUGUCCAUAGAUGUGUUCGCGGAUGAGAUUAGGUUUUAUCAGCUGGGGGAGGAGGCCAUGGAGAGGUUCAGGGAGGAUGAAGGCUUUAUAAAAGAGGAGGAAAAGCCUCUGCCCCAGAACGAGUUCCAGAAGCAGGUUUGGCUCAUAUUCGAGUAUCCGGAGAGCUCCAGUCCGGCGCGGGGUAUCGCCAUCGUGUCCGUGAUCGUUAUCACCAUAUCCAUCAUCACCUUCUGCCUGGAGACGCUGCCGGAGUUCAGGGACGAGAGGGAGCUGCCAGUGAACAGCCGGAUGGACAACAGCACCGCGCCACGGCCGUCCCUCACUUUCACGGACCCCUUCUUCAUCAUCGAGACCACAUGCGUCAUCUGGUUCACUUUCGAGCUGUUCGUGCGCUUCUUCGCGUGCCCAAGCAAGUCCGAGUUCUCCAAGACCGUCAUGAACAUCAUCGACAUCAUGUCCAUCAUGCCUUACUUCAUCACAGUGGGCACGGAGCUCGCGGAGCAGCAGGGCCAAGAGCACCAGAACGGACAGCAGGCCAUGAGUCUGGCCAUCCUCAGGGUCAUCCGCUUGGUCCGGGUCUUCAGGAUCUUUAAACUCUCCAGGCACUCAAAGGGGCUCCAAAUCCUGGGUCAGACUUUAAAGGCCAGUAUGCGCGAGCUCGGCUUGCUUAUCUUCUUCCUCUUCAUUGGAGUCAUCCUCUUCUCCAGCGCGGUGUUCUUCGCAGAGGCGGACGAGCCGGAGUCGCACUUUUCCAGCAUCCCGGAUGCCUUCUGGUGGGCCGUAGUCACCAUGACAACUGUGGGCUACGGAGACAUGAGGCCGGUCACGGUCGGGGGUAAGAUAGUGGGCUCUCUGUGCGCCAUCGCCGGCGUGCUCACCAUCGCACUGCCUGUGCCCGUCAUCGUGUCUAACUUUAACUACUUCUACCACCGAGAGACGGACCAAGAUCAGUCCUCUCUGAAGGAUGAUGCUAACAGCGGCCGGGACAGUCCUGAACUCAAGCGCAAGGGAAGUAAAUCUUCCACCAAGUCGCAGGACAUGGAGAACAACGACGCGUCUGCAGCUUCGGUUGAGAAAGCGAACAUCAAAGCGAACAGCAGCAUGGACUUCAAGAGAUCCCUUUACGCGUUCUGCCUGGACACGCGGGAGACAGACCUGUAGUCCUGCAGCCUGCUUCCUCCAGUUUAAAAAAAAACUCUUACAGCCCAAUAGUCGUGUAGAAUAAACCCCAGUUAAUGGGCUCUUAAGUCUUUGCACACAGCAGUCUGGAGGAUCAAAUUACUGAACUACUGAAAAGUUUUCUGAGUGAGAGAAAGAGAGGGUGGAUUUAUAAAAAGCACAUUUUAAUCCUCCUCAUCUGGAGAUAAAACUGAGGAGUUAACAAACCAGAGUGCAUGCCAUGCAACACAGCCGCCCUUUAAAGCAGGAACACCUAAAGAACUCAGAGUGUGGAAAAAUAGGACAUGUUGUCUAUGCUGCAGAUAAUCAAUGACACCAGGACUGGGAAUAAUUACUUGACAUGUUGAGAGGAUUAACAGGAACAGCCAGACUCUGUACAUAAUGUAGGAGGUAGUCCAUGUUCAGUAGUGCAACACAAGAAAAAGCCAAAUCUUAUUUUUAAUACCUUCCCUAUAAUUAGUCGUUAUGUUUACGCUGAAAUAUUGCAGCAAAUCUGUACAUAUUUCCCACAGGCCUACUAUUUAUGGAUUUAAUUAUGGUGUUAUUUUAGAUUUUGAGAACAAAAAAAAAGAAAACAAAUAUAUUUUUGAAAAUGCAGAGACCUGUGUUUGUCCACUCAGGUUCUGUUGAAGAAGUGAGAUCGUUCCUUUUUCUAAACAAGUCUGAAGAAAGGAUUUUUAGCCUUGACAACGAUCAUUUUAAACUAAAGAACAUUUUAGAUUUUUUAGACAAAAAAAGGACAAAAUAUGGAAGUAUGUUACCUGAGGGAACGACUGUUAAGAAAGAGGACAGCGCAGAGACCAUCUGGAGAGCUCAAGCAACGCAGAAACCAGAGAGUUGAAGCCCUGCCCUCCGAUCAUCAGGAGAGUCGACCCCCUCCACCAAGACAAACUCAUUCAAAACUACUGCUGCUGCAGUAAAAAAAACAGCAUCCACAAACCCUUUUUGGAACUCUGUGCCUUCAACCAAAAUUCACCGGUGAUACUUCAGAAGCGUUUUUUUCUUUCUACGUUUUCUUUCGAGCAGGACUCUGAGGAUUUAUCUGCCUGAUGUAGGAGGGCCUGGGAUCUGCUCUCCCACUUUGUCUCUCUGGAGAAAAAAAACAACAACAAUCAAAUCUAAGCAGGACAUGCAAGUUUUGAUCAUUUAAUGUCCUAACGUGUUCUUUUUUUUCUACAAAUUGUGUCAGUGAUUUACUUCAUUAUCAGAAGAAAUCCCUCGCUGUGCAAUAUCAGUCGAUAUUUAUGUGAAGUUGUCGUGUGGAUGUAGACUUUGGACAAACUUUUUUUGGUUUAUUUUUGUAACAAUGUUUUCCUGAUUUCUAUUUUUCUAAACUGACGACGGUGUAAAGACAGAUGAGAGGCGAGGGAAAAAAAAAUCAUCUGCACACAUUUUUAAGGAGAGAGGACGUUUUGUUUUUUGCUGAAGAUGUUUUGUCCAAGUUUAGCUUUCCCUGACUGCAUCCCCCUCCCGCUCCCACCAGGGCCAAAAGCCAUAGCCUAUCUCAGAUAACAAUACACCGGUGUUUUGAAUGCACCGGUGUCCCUGACAGCACGAUGCAUUCCGGGUCUCACAGUGCGGGGCCGACACCACAGGCUCCUCUCGUCUUCGCUGUUGGAUUUUUUAAGAGAUGUUUUGAUUUCUUCUGUUUGUUCAGGGGCUUGAAUCUGAAGUAUUUAGUAUUCUCUACCUUUGUGUGGCCUGUUCUUCUUGCUGUUAUUUUGUACUUCCUCUUACAUAUCAGUCAAGCAACUAUAAGUGGCAUGAGUAUGUGUGAACCUGAGAAAAUGAAUGCGUGUUCGCCAGAAUGGAGGUCAAAUACUGUGAACUCUCAAAUAAAAAAAAAACAUAGAGGGAAGGCCAGUCCUGCUGUAAGAACCAGAUUCACAGUGAAAAAGGUUAAAAAAAUAAAAACAGGACCAGAGAGAUAUGGCUGUUGAUUGGUUAGUUAGAUGACAUAAAAGUGUUAUUACCAUAGACUGAACAAGAUAAGUGUAGCCCCCCAAAAGUUACCCAUAGUUUUGUGGACCACUGUUUUUAAACAUUAAGUUUGUUGACUCUAGAUGGGAACAUAAUUGAAAAAAUAAACAUAAUGCUGUAUUUAAGAAGACUUAAAAAUUGAUAUAUAAGUUAGGGACAUGAGCUUUGAGUUGAUGAAAUGAUUAAAAUAUUGUCACCCUAUUACUCGGCACCAAAAUUAUUAGUCUGUUAAAUUAAUUAUUCAUUUUAUUUGUAUUAAAACCCCUGAUAAGCCAGUCAUAUGCUGUGUCGCUAAAUUUUAGAGACUCUAGAAGGGACCAUAAUUAAGAUAAACAUAAUGCUGUAUUUAAGAAGACUUAAAACCGAGAUAAAAGCUAGGGACAUGAGCGCUGAGUUGACGAAAUGAUUAAAAUAUUGUCACCCGAUUAGUCGGCCCAAGAAUUAUUAGUCUGUUAAUUUAAUUAUUAAUUUUCUUCGUAUUAAAACCCACAAUAAGCCAGUCAUAUGCUUUGUCUGAACUGCAGUGCACCCACUCACCACUAGCUGGAGCUGUUGCUCUGGUUAAUGUCCUCUGUCAUGCUUUAAUACUCUACUACCCUGAUGUAAACAAGCACAGAAGACGGAAAGCAUCUCGUAGAAAGAUGCAGUUUGUCAGUAUUUUGAUCUUGAAAAUAGAGAUAAUAUGGAGGCUGUGUCUGGUUAAACUGACAUGUAACCGCUCCACCAGAGCAAUAAGGAACCAGCACAGGCAUGCAGAUGUUAACCUGCAAGGAGCACUAAAAGUAGAUGCUGCUAGCUUUGCUAACGUUAACCACACUCAGCAAACCAACUUGACAUUGUUUACCUGCAGACUCUGUGAUCCUGUUUAGCCAUGUUAAAUUAUUAAUAAUAAUAAAUAAUAAUAUUUUUAAAAGAUUAAGGAAAUGAGUCCAAUGUGAGACAAUAAAUGUAUUAGGACAAUUUUAACUGAGGGAAUAAAUCAACUGAGUAGGACCUUUUCUUCAUAGACUUUUACAGAAUCAGACUUAUUUUUGCUACCAAUGCACGCCCUCUGCUGGCCGCCGGAAGAACUGCAGGCUUAAGACACUUCUAUGUUGGCUUCACUUUUCAAACAGUAAAUCUACGUCCACUUCUUCAGCACCGUUUAAAGUUGGCAUCCCUGUCAAAGCACCUUUCACCAUGCACUAGAUUUGAUUUCCUCGUGAUUACUGAAGAUUAAUCUCCAAACGAACCAAUGUUCUCUAAAGCUCUGGAAAAGAAGUUCAAUUAUUAUUCUGCUGUGUCCCAAAAUAGAUUUAUAAAUAUUUUAAAUGAGUUCGUCAGUGCACUAAAAAAUCCUGUUAUGCAAUGAGGGGUCAUGAAUAACUGAUGUUGGAGUCUUAAACUCAUUUAAACUCCUCUUCAAAUGUAACUGUCUGAAUCAAAUGUUAUAUAUUUUCAUCCUCCACUCCAACUCUGACAUGUUUUUCCUUACUAGUUUGUUUACUCCAGCUGCCGUUUGCAGACCAGUUAGUUGGUUCCUUUGUACAAUCUAUCAAAGCGGUUUCUGUGAAGGUUCUCAGUCAUCCAGGUCAAGCUUGAUCCGAAAAGGCGGCUGGACUUGAUGAUGUUUCACCUCUCCUCCCACAGGUUUCUUCACUUCUAAGGAGUCUUUCGGAGGAGAGGUGAAACGUCUUUAAGAAUUUGUUCCGAGUCAAGCUGAAUUUUCAAAUCAACCUUUGAAUUAUCAAAUCAGUUAAGGUUUAAAGCAGAGCUCUUAAUGUGAGCGAUGAAAGUGAGAGAAUGUCAAAUAUGGAGUCCAGAGUGUUUCAGGUACUUUAUGGCCCUUGUGUACCCGACACAAAGGUUGUCAUGACCAGGUCAUAAGCAAUGACUUUAUCCAUCUCAUACUGUGAAAAUAAAGCAAUACAAACCUGUUCCAUCAUUCUUAAA